AUGCAUACAAACAAAAUGUCGCUUCCGAACACGACCUUUUUCGCAGGCGGCAGGGUCAUAGAGCCAGUGCGUCUCAAUCGCACAUGGAACACCACCACUGUCAACCAGCUGCUGGGGCUUCCAGGCAUGUUCUCGACCUAUAACCGGGGGCAACUGCUGCGGCUGCGAGGAAUAGCAAUUACGUCGUCGUCGCUGUCAAUUUUGGCCGCGAUGGUGGGUCUCUACUGCAUCCUGUGCAUCGACCGUCGACGCAAGGUUUUCCGACACCAACUCAUCCUGUUCCUCAUUUCUUGUGAUUUUCUCAAGGCCCUCGUUCUUCUGAUAUACCCGGUAGCCAUUUUGAUUGAAAAUCGCGUGUAUGGGUACCCCGCAUUUUACAACACUCUCGGGUGGAUUACAGCGUUUGGCAUCGAGGGAGCAGAUUUUGCCAUCGCCAUUUUUGCCGUGCACUUUGCGCUGCUCAUUUUCGUGCCGUCCUGGAAAUGGCAAAAUAACUCCAGUGGGAACAUGGAGGGCGGGUUGUAUCGCCUGCGACACUUCCUGUACCCGGCCACAUUUCUGCUCCCGAUGGUACUGGCAAGUCUUGCAUUCGUGGACUUUAACAAAUUCAUUCCUGUGAAUCUUAAUGAUCGUGUCAUUCUAGACAACAAUAGCUACGACUUCCCGUUCCAGGCUCGACAAGGCGGGUACAAAGCGAUGAGUGCGUGGUGCUACCUGCCCCCGUUCCCGUUAUGGUACCGUAUCGUACUGAGUUGGGCUCCAAGAUAUUUCAUUAUCGUGUUGAUCUUCACAGUCUACAUCAGUAUCUACAUAUUUGUCUCGAAGGAAAACCGAAAAAUCAAAAAUCAAAUAGGUUCCUUCAGGCACAACAGUAGUGUAGACAUUCGUCGGGAGCGGGAUAGCAAAGGUCGGCUUUUGACUUUAGGACAAAGAUCAAGAGUUUACUGCAAGUAUGUUUUCAAGAAGUCGGGUCUCUCAAAGCUUGGGAAAAGUGUUGGGAACUUCUUUUUCUUUUCGUUCGAAGAUUACCACGAUGAAGAUAUCGAAAAGCACACUAAGGCACAGCGUUUGGAUUCCUUUGCAGAAACCCUUUCCAACGAUGACGUGGACGGUACCUUUGGAACGCAUAUUCCUGAGGCGUUAACAACUCCUAGUAAAUUAGAGAGGCCGAAAUUGAAAGGUCAUCGAUCUAAUAGCAUUCCCUACCACUUUAAGAAAAGAUGCAUGAGCUUUUCAAACACAAGUCCGCGCACGGCGUUAUAUCAGGAUACUGCGGGUGAAUCAAAUGUUGAUAACGCAAAAGAAGAAGACUAUUUUAACCACUUCUCGAAGAGCAAAAUACAUUCUAAUGCCAAAAACGCCAACCGCGUUCAAAAAAAGAAUUCAGGAGGCUCAUUCAAUCCCAUAAAGCGUAGGUCAUCUUCAUUGGCCCGCGGAAAAACCUCCCGAGAAAAUUUCCAAAGGCAUGAUCCAACUGCACUUUCGCCAGUCAGAUCGGCAGGUUCUCGUAGUCAAUCCUUGCAGACGUUUCCUGAAGGUCUAAACCGCCUAAAAGAUGAUUCACAAUCCCAAAAAGAUCAAGAGGGAGCCGGGUUUGUUCCGACAGGGUCGGACCACAUCUUAGGGCUUCAGCACAACUUUCAAUCAGAGACUUAUCAGGAGUUCAAGAAACGAAGAGCACAAAUUCAGAAACAACUUAGAUCAAUAUUCAUUUAUCCCUUCUCCUACGUUGUGAUUUGGAGUUUCCCCCUGGCGGUGGAUGUAAUCCAAUAUAGGUACGAGAUAUUACACGGGCCGGUGAUAUGGCUUGAGUACAUCGCAACCUUCAUGCAGCCACUAAGUUGUUUUGUUGAUGUUUUGGUGUUUAUUUAUAGAGAGCGGCCUUGGAGACACUCUUGGGCUUCGAUUACCAAAAAAGAGCUCUCUAACACUUAUGCCUACAAAGGAGCGAUAGGCGAGCAUACAAUCCGACAAUUGUGCAAUAGUGAACUGGGAAAAAAAGGCUGGUAUUACCGGGGAAGAUGGUCCAAACUUGAGUGUUGGCGGCAUCAGCCUCAGAGAUGGAAGAGGAUUUUGUGGUUCUGUUACCGUUUUGUAAAGGGAUUUGUGCGUAAUGACUAUGAUUUUAAAGACAGGUGCAAUGACGCCGCCUACUGGGACGAUUAUUAUAUGGGUAAGAAACAGAAUGUUGAGCUUGUUCAACACCCAAAAUUGAGCUUUUCGGAGGCCUUCAAGGAUGUACUUGAUGUAUCAAAUACAAGAAAGGACUCGUAUGUUUCCGGCUCUACCCGCGACAUUUUGUUUGAGAACCAAGGAUAUGUGCGCGUACCCUUCAAGUGGAGGUUUGUACAUUUUUUACCAAUGCUCCACGGGGUAGACUUAGAUCAACUGGAUUAUGAACUACGCACGAGUCAGCGUGAUGGAAUCUGUGACAUUCCCGGCUUAAGUUUGGCACUACAAAAGAUGUCGCAACCAAAGGCCCUAUCCAGCGGCGAGUCCUUUUUCAAACCGGACUACAAUAUGGCCAAACCGAGCGGUCCUGCAGAAGAACCGUCGGGGGUUAUGCCUCCAUCUCGGGUACACUUGGGUAGGCCUCGGCACAGCGUGUCUGAUCUGUCGCAGAACUCACAACACACUCAUUCGCCCUUACACAGCUUUUUAUCGGAACUGUCCAGCAGCAAUAGACGAGAGUCGUCCGCCACAAGCGAUCGCGCCUCCCGCAUGAUUAAGAACGCAUCUGGCAGCGCCAGCAGUAGUCAAGAGUAUGAUGAAGAGAAGCGAAUGGAGAAGAGAAUGGAUCUCAUGGACUUUUUAAACGGAUGA